AUGCGAUGUAAAGAUGCUGAUUCAACAAACGCAGCCCUCUGUGAAGUGUUUAAAACAUGGGGCUUUCCACGCGUUAUACAGAGCGAUAAUGGUCCCCCAUUUAGGAGUGCUUCGUUCAUCAACUUCUGGGAAACAAAAGGGGUAAGAAUUGACAAGUCAAUACCCCUCAGCCCUCAGUCGAACGGAUUAGUGGAACGACACAACCAGGCUGUGAUAAAAGCGGUGGCUGCCUCGAAACUAGACCAAACGAACUGGAGGGUGGCUCUUCAUAAAUACGUCCACCACCAUAACACAUUGAUCCCACAUUCUCGACUUAAUGUCACUCCUUUCGAGUUAAUGGUCGGAAGAAAAUUCCGCGGAACUUUCCCAAGUCUAUGGAACGACUUCAAUAGAAAAGUUUUAGAUAGAAUCGAUAUUAGGGAGAAGGAUGCGGACGCUAAGUUAGUAAGCAAACAGUAUGCUGACUCGGCUAGGGGAGCGAAAGAAUCGUCGAUCAAGGUGGGAGAUAAAGUGUUCCUUGCAAAGGAGAAGAAAUCAAAAAUAGACCCUACCUUUUCGUCGGAGAAGUUCCAAGUAGUCGCACGCCAGGGAGCUAAGGUGGUGGUAAUGAGCCCCAAUGGAAUCGAAUACGAGCGCAAUGUCCGGGAUGUCAAAAAGAUCAAUUGCAGCGACUCAGUGGAAUUCGUGGAUCCAUCAGAUGAAAACACAGCAGAAGAACAGCCUACAAUAGAUUCCGGGGAAUUGACAGUAGCAGGGGCCAACCAGGACGACAUCUUCCGUAAUCGGCGAAACACUCGUAGACCGGCUAGGUUUAACGACCAGUUUGUGUACUGCGUGUUCACUUGA